AUGAGUGCAACCAACGAUCAAACCGAGAAUAGUCGUCAUCAAAGAGGUAGAUUCAAUUGGGUCAGGCGAUUGAUGCAAAGUCCUAAUAGACAAAAUGGAGAGCUCGUUGAUAGAGCCCGUUAUAAUGGAGACUAUUAUAAGCCAUCAAAGAAGAAAUCGCUUAAAAUACAAGAACCUCAAGAAAGUAAUGAUCAAGAAGAAUACGAUAGUGAAGGAGAAAGCAUUGAAACUGAUACAAGGGGUUCUUAUAAUAGUGAUCAGAUAACUUCUAAUUCUGAUAACAUAAGUACCAUCCCUUUAAAGUCCAUAGUUUCAGUACCAUCGACCAAAUCACCUAGUGUUCUUAGUAAUGACAAUAAUCAUGAUAACCAUAGUUAUAAUCCUUCCACAGCAGAGACUUCAAUUGCCCCAUCAUCCACCACUCCUCAAUUCAACCCAAUUUUGUUUAACAGAGAUAGAGAUGGUAAUCAUAUACCUGGAUUAGAUAGAGACAGUGAAUCAAUUGUGACUUUAGCCAGUUCAACCAGAAGACGAAGAAGAAGAAGUCUUGAGACCAAUUCAUCUACCGUAGGUAUUCCACCCGCUAGUAUAAUGGAAAGAUUGUCUGUUCAGCCUAAUUCUGCUUAUGCUAACAGUUUAAAUCCUAAUGAUAUCACCAGUGUAAAUGAAGAUAACUCCUCAUAUAAAGAUUAUGAGUCUCAAUCCAGUAUAGCGAAAUCUAACUGA